AUGAAGGAUCUGACCUAUAGAAUCGUUAGUUUCGCAAACGACACAAUACCUCCAGAGACACAGAGACAGAUAUUCCAUAAAGCUUUAGACUUGUGGCGGUCUGCUUCAACAUUACGAUUCACAGAGGUACAAUCGGGUGUUACGGAUAUCCUUAUUAGUUACGCCACCAGGAAUCAUAGCGACGGAUCCCCAUUUGACGGACCUGGAGGGACACUGGCUCAUGCAUUCUUCCCAUCCAACAAUCAAGGUCUAUCUGGUGACGCACAUUUUGAUGACGGUGAAGACUUCACCACAAGGACACCUCUAGGCAUCAACCUCGAUUCGGUAGCGGUUCACGAGUUUGGGCAAAGUCUGGGUCUGGCUCAUUCAGACGUACGGGAAGCUAUUAUGUAUCCAUUUUACACGGGUUAUGUCCCGGAUAUUCAGCUCAACAGAGACGAUGUUUUGGGUAUUCAGGAAUUGUAUGGAGCUCCGAUAAUGGCCACAACGCAAAUGCCAAGCACCACAGAAUCACCAUCUACAACAGAAUCAUCAACCUCCACAGAAUCACCAACCUCCGGAGGGCCACCACCAACAACAGAAGAGUCAACUUCCACCGAGGCACCAGUUACUUCAACUACCGCAGAGUUGCCAAUGACCACAGAAUCCACAAGUACCACAGAAAUACCAAUUACCAAAAAACAACAUAAACACCCAGCCUGCUUACCGGGAACUCGCUACGACGCUGUGUUUGGUGAUGAAAAAUCGACGUAUUUCUUUUCAGGAGAUCAGUUUUGGACAGUUAACAACUCAUUGGAGAAAAGUGACCCUUACAAAAUCACAGACUUCUGGAGUGAUGUUCGAUGUCCAUUGGAUGCAGCUUUUCGCGAUGAAAACGGUGAUAUUGUAUUUUUCAAAGGAGGAAGAUAUUGGGCGUACAGAGAUAACAAUCUCCUUCGCAGUAGAGGAUUGAUUUGCAAGCGGUACAGAUUGCGUCGUUUCAGACGCACCAUGAAUGCGGCUUUCGCCUUCAGAAAUGUGACCCAUUUUAUCAAAGGGUCAAAGUAUUGGCGCCUCAGUGGUAACCAGAAUAGGCGGAAUUCCCCGAAGAUUAUUAGGCCACAACGAUUGCGAAGUGCUGACGCAGUAACGACUUGGAUCAACAGCAACAGAAUUUACGUCUUCAAGGGAGAGUCUUACUACAGGCUUGGAAAAGUAAACAAGGAGCCUUACUACAGGUUCGGGAAAGUAAACAGAGGCGAGAGGAAUCCUAAGUCGAUAGCAACUAGGUGGAUGAGGUGUGAUGGAGGUGUUGGUACGACUGAACCUUAAGAAGAACUUAUGAGUUCUGUCGUGAGUGACCAUAAUAAUGCUCCGUAAAGAAUCCUAGUGGAUUGUCGUAUAGAAAAGCCUCUUUUUGAUCAGUAAACACUCAGUUUUUAUAUGCCACGUCACUUUCGCUCAAUCAGAUUUAUUCCUCUAACCCUUUACAUCUUAGAAACGCAUGAUUAUCUGACGGUUUGUUCUCAGGGUAUUAUUAGAGCAACAUCCAGCCUCUUUGGAGAAUAUAUAUAAAUGCAAUAUCCAGCGAACCUGCGAUGGAAAUAAGCCACGUCAUAAGUUGAGUAUGAAGGGGUUGUCUCGAAUUCCCUCAACUGUUUGUUAGCAAGAAAGGAGAAUUACGGAUUUAUCGAAUCUUGAGGGCGAAGGGGCAUAAAAGUUGGCCUGCGUGUAGCUC